AUGAAACAUGCAGUCGAAGAUGGUGUUCUUCAAACAAAUCUUUUACAAGCGUUUCAAAAAAAUAAAAUAAUACAAGGAAAAUUAAAUGAACGUCAACGUUCAUACUAUGUAGAAUUAAUUAAAGAUAUGCAAGAUUACAAAUUAAAAGAAAAGUUAAAUAAAGAAUUAUUAUAUACAUGGAAAAAAGAAAGUUAUGUUCGACAAUUAAAAAAAAAUUUACAAGACUAUGAACGCAAACGUUUUGGUGUGAGAGAUGCUUAUUAUGAAUAUCAAGCAAGAAAUUUAGAUUCUAUCAUAUCUGGUCAACAAGGUCUUGUUAUACCACCGAGAGAAGAAGAACGUCGUUUAAACGUGAAUACAAAAUUUCGUCAAUUUCUUGACGAACAUCCACUGAAAACGUCAGCAUCAAUGCGUGUGGUUCAAUCAGCUAAUCUAGUUAAGAAUAUUAAAGGAAAACCAGAGAAAAAAGAAGAAGAAGAUGUUCUUGCUGUUGAAGAAACAUGGAAACAAAUUCAUGCACAAUCAGCUAUAGGUUUACGAAGAAAACGACCAAAAUUUUUGCCAACACUUCAACGUUCAUCGACAAUGGAUGAAAUUAGACGAAAUAAAACUUUUAAUAAAUCUCUUAUUCCACCCACUGUAGCUGUUGUAGCUAGUGUAAUAGUUACAACAACACCAGAAUUAGUUAAUGUUACAUUAGAGGACAAAGAUCAAGCUGCAUUAUUACCAUUAAAAGCAUCACCUGUCCAUGCGACAAUGAUUGAAGGUGUUGAACCAGUAUUGAUUACGUCUCAGACAUUAGAAAAACAAACUCGAGCUGAUCUUGUGACAAUGCGUAGUGUACGACGACCACAAAAAAAUCCAAUAGAUUUAAAUAUGACCUUCGAAUCACGAAAACGUAUUUAUCAAAUAAAUAAACGUGUUUAUAAUUAUCAAUUGUGUCACCGUAAAUGUGCUUUACAAUAUAAUGCACGAUUUGAUCGACAAGAACCAACUAAUCCAGCUGAUGAUGAGGAAAAUUUACUUAUCGAAAUGAGUGAAACUAAUCGACGAAGAUAUGAAGAUAGACAUCAAUCGGAUAAAGUUUUUAUUUAA